AUGUACCAACAAGAAUUCUUAAAUUCAAUUUCACCUUCUGGUAUGCCCCCACAUCAGUUAACUAUAAAAAAAGGUGCUCCCAUUAUGCUUUUGAGAAAUAUUGACCCUACGAUGGGAUUGUGCAAUGGUACACGAUUGACUUGCCGUGGAUCAUAUAACAACCUUAUUGACGCAGAGAUUUUAACUGGUCAAUUUGCUGAAACUAGAGUAUUCUUACCAAGAAUAUCUCUAAAGAGUGCCGAGAGUUCUGGACUCCAUUUUGAGAUGACAAGAAAACAAUUCCCUGUAAAGUUGAGUUUUGCACUUACUAUAAAUAAAUCACAAGGGCAAACGAUACCGAAUGUUGGCAUCUACCUUCCAGAUCAUGUAUUCAGUCAUGGGCAGUUAUAUGUCGCUUUAUCACGAGGAAUUUCAGAGGAUACCACCAAAGUGUUAGUCAAGAAAGGUUCAUUUGAAGGCGAGGAAGGGGUGUUCACAACAAAUGUUGUUUAUAAAGAGAUUUUGCUUCCUUCAAGUUAA